AUGAUGAAUACUAUUUUCACCGUCAUGAUUCUCGUUGGUAUUGCCCGAGCGCAGAACGCGGAAAUCGGGCUGCCGACUGUCGAUCAACAACUCUCCAAAGGCACCGAUGUGAUUGUUCAAAUUCAACGGCCAAACACAUUGACAGGGUCCACGGAAAUGGCUCUUGCUAUCGGAAUCUCAUCCUGCUCUGCUCAAGAAUGCCUCUCUCCCGUCGAAUCUAUGGGAGAGAUCCUCUACCUUGGCUCGUUCGAUCCUGAGUAUCAUGAGGACUCACUCCCUCCGUAUCAAAACUUUACUGUGACGGUGCCGUCUGACUUUGCUGUGGGCGAUGCCCAUAUUAACGUUGCGCAUGCCACACUUGUCGGUGCCUCCGAAGCCCCUCUGCUUCAGACGUUGAAUCGCACGGUGGUGGUGGCCUAA